UGGGUUAUUUCUACGAAAUUGAUCACACGAAGCUACCACCGAGAUCCCCUAUACAACUCAAAAUUAUUCGUAUGGUCAUGGUGACUGAAAAGACUGAGCUCAUUGUAUCAGUGAAGUUUCCGAGUAAUCUCUCUCUUCGAACUUACUUCGAUAAAGACCCAUCAAGCCGAAACCCACAGGAUCUCGCAGGCAAAGUUCAACCCGCUCUAGACGAGCAGUUCGUCAUUGGAUCAAGACUAGCGAAGAAAAUUUUCAUGAGACAAGUUCCAUCUUCUGAGGUAUUAAAACAGAAGAACUUACAGAGCUUCUGGUUGGUACCUCUUGAAGUAUCUGAAAGCCCAAGUUGUGUUACCAAGGAGAGAUUACCGGAUGACCCUGUGGUGAAGGGAACAUGUUGGUCGGCUCUGAAAUGUGCAGGUCAAGUGCACUGGGGAGUGCGCAGGCAAGUGACGUUUAUCGGACGGCACAAGAAGAAAAUGUCUCAACCAUUUUUGGUUUCGAGAGAAGGAAAGGAGGUAGAAGAAGAGGAGGAUGAUGAUGAUGAGGCGUCCUUGGGCAAGAACAGGUGGUCCGUGGAGAGGUAUAAGCUGGCGGAGGAGAAAUUGCUUGGGAUAAUGAAAGAGAAGGAGGCGGUGAUAGGGCACCCGAUGCUUCGGCCAGCACUGAGGGAGGAGGCAAGGAAGCACAUCGGUGAUACAGGGCUGCUAGACCACCUCCUGAAGCACAUGGCCGGGAAGGUUGCUCCAGGAGCCAAGGAGCGGUUCCGUCGAAGGCAUAACCCAGAGGGAGCAAUGGAAUACUGGCUGGAGAACGUGAAUCUGGUCAACAUUCGGAAGGCGGCAGGAGUGAACGAUCCUUACUGGAUUCCACCACCUGGGUGGAAACCUGGCGACAGCCCAUCUCAACACGGCGCUUGCGCUAGAGAGCUGAACCUGCUCAAGGAAGAAAUGGCCAUCCUUAAGAGAGAAGUGCAGGAGCUAGUCUAUACGAAACCACACGAUGGGGAAGCUAUUGGUGAUGGAGACGAUGCUAAGGUGAACGACGAAGCUAAUGCCACUCCAACGACUCCUGUUGAUAAUUCUCAGUUAGAAUCUGCCACUGUGGCCACACGACCGCAGGAAAUAUACGUGAACCUGGUGAAGAGAAAAGCUCAACUCGAGCAACAGCUCGUCGAAUAUUCCAAUUCGUUGAAGGAAAUGCAGGAGGAGCUUGGGAAGCUAUCUUCAUCUUCGAUGCAAGUGGAGAAUGCGAGAUCAGAGAUAGUCAUUGAAGAAGAACAACAAAAGAAAGAAGGAAAAGAGACUAGUACUGAUGCAGCGGCUGAGAAAGAAGAAGACGAUGGAAAGGGAGAGGCGGCAGAAAAGAAACAAAAGUUACGGAGUGGGUUCAGGAUAUGCAAGCCGCAGGGAACCUUCCUUUGGCCCAACAUGAGCAUAGUGGGCAGCAACAUUUUGUCUCCUCUCCCUACCCCACAUGCAGAGUCCCAGGUGAACGUACAGGUUGAUCAGGAUCUUCUCGUGGGCCCCACCACUCCCUCGAUCUCUUCUGCCACGUCCAAACCCAGCCUCCUCACCAGCGUCGCUCCUCCUCUCCUUACUUCUAACCCGCAGCCAAGCCCGUCUCCAGUGAGACCUUUGGCCGAGAAAAGAGGCUUUACAGUGACCGUAUCAUCGUCGUUCGUCAUACCUGAUCAAUCGACAUGCCUGGGAGAAGACAACAUUAGAACCACCAGGACAAGUACUGUCAUUCCCCAUUUUAACCUCAACCUCGACCUCAAUGACGAUUAUGUAUCGUGUGAUGCAGCAGCAGGAAAGGAGUCCAUUGUGGGGUCCGAUCAUGACGUGGCAGUCGUUAGCAGUGCUGGUACGACGAUGACAAUAGGGACGGACCAUGUGAUCCACCAUCACCAACGAGGGAACUGCUCUUCAUCUGUGGGCACGUGGCUGGCUCUCGCCACACCAAACCCCUACUUGGAUAGUCCUACCCUUCUUCCCUAGAGGACUUUUAGGCUCACAUCUCUGUUAACUGUUUGGUUUGUUUCCCCUUCACUUGUAUAGGUGAGUUUUGGCAAAGAUUGCAUCAUCGGGUUGUGCCUGUACUAAUAUAUACCGCAACAACCAUUUGGCCUAGCCUUAUUUGCUCAAAAUUUU